AGCUCGGUGCACGGCGCGCUGAUUGGCUGGAUCCGCCAUGCGGAGCAGCUAGGUGGUGCACGGGGCACGCGGGCGUAGGUGACCGGCGGCUUUCUCAGUUUUGGUGGAGACGGGCGCAUGUGGGCGCUUUGCUUGCUGCUGCGGUCCGCGGCCGGACGCACCAUGUCGCAGGGACGCACCAUAUCGCAGGGACCCGCCCGCCGCGAGCGGCCGCCGAAGGACCCGCUGCGGCACCUGCGCACGCGAGAGAAGCGCGGACCGUCGGGGUUCUCCGGCGGCCCGAACACCGUGUACCUGCAGGUGGUGGCAGCGGGCAGCCGGGACACGGGCGCUGCGCUUUACGUCUUCUCCGAGUUCAACCGGUAUCUCUUCAACUGUGGAGAAGGCAUUCAGAGACUCAUGCAGGAGCACAAGUUGAAGGUUGCUCGCCUGGACAACAUAUUCCUGACACGAAUGCACUGGUCUAAUGUUGGGGGCUUAAGUGGAAUGAUUCUUACUUUAAAGGAAACCGGGCUUCCAAAGUGUGUACUUUCUGGACCUCCGCAACUGGAAAAAUACCUCGAAGCAAUCAAAAUAUUUUCUGGUCCAUUGAAAGGAAUAGAACUGGCUGUGCGGCCCCACUCCGCCCCGGAAUACAAGGAUGAAACCAUGACAGUUUACCAGAUCCCCAUACACAGUGAACAGAGGAGGGGAAAGCAUCAACCAUGGCAGAGUCCAGAAAGGCCUCUCGGCAGUCUCAGUCCAGCGCGAUCUUCAGACUCCGAGUCGAAUGAAAAUGAGCCGCACCUUCCACAUGGUGUUAGCCAGAGAAGAGGGGGCAGGGACCCUUCCCUGGUGGUAGCUUUCAUCUGUAAGCUUCACUUAAGGAGAGGAAACUUCUUGGUGCUCAAAGCAAAGGAGCUGGGCCUGCCAAUUGGGACAGCUGCCAUCGCUCCCAUCAUUGCUGCUGUCAAGGACGGGAAAAGCAUCACUCAUGAAGGAAGAGAGAUUUUGGCUGAAGAGCUGUGUACUCCUCCAGAUCCUGGUGCUGUUUUUGUGGUGGUAGAAUGUCCAGAUGAAGGCUUCAUUCAACCCAUCUGUGAGAAUGCCACCUUUCAGAGGUACCAAGGAAAGGCAGAUGCCCCCGUGGCCUUGGUGGUUCACAUGGCCCCAGAAUCUGUGCUUCUGGACAGCCGGUACCAGCAGUGGAUGGAGAGGUUUGGGCCUGACACCCAGCACUUGGUCCUGAAUGAGAACUGUGCCUCAGUUCACAACCUUCGCAGCCACAAGAUUCAAACCCAGCUCAACCUCAUCCACCCGGACAUCUUCCCCCUGCUCACCAGUUUUCCCUGUAAGGUAGUGUCUCAGACAGGCCCCUUAUCGGCCCAGCUCUCGCCCCCUCUCUUUCUCUCCAUGAAUGUGUUUUGUCUCUUUCAGGAGGGCCCCACCCUCAGCGUGCCCAUGGUUCAGGGUGAAUGCCUCCUCAAGUACCAGCUCCGUCCCAGGAGGGAGUGGCAGAGGGAUGCCAUUAUUACUUGCAAUCCUGAGGAAUUCAUAGACGAGGCGCUGCAGCUUCCCAACUUCGAGCAGAGUGUGCAGGAGUACAGGAGGAGUGCGCAGGACGGCCCAGCCCCAGCAGAGAAAAGAAGUCAGUACCCAGAAAUCAUCUUCCUUGGAACAGGGUCUGCCAUCCCGAUGAAGACUCGAAAUGUCAGUGCCACACUUGUCAACAUAAGCCCCGACACGUCUCUGCUACUGGACUGUGGUGAGGGCACGUUUGGGCAGCUGUUCCGUCAUUAUGGAGACCAGGUGGACAGGGUCCUGGGCACCCUGGCUGCUGUGUUUGUGUCCCACCUGCACGCAGAUCACCACACGGGCUUGCUAAAUAUCUUGCUGCAGAGAGAACGAGCCUUGGCGUCUUUGGGAAAGCCACUUCACCCUUUGCUGGUGGUUGCCCCCAACCAGCUCAAAGCCUGGCUCCAGCAGUACCACAACCAGUGCCAAGAGGUCCUGCACCACAUCAGUAUGAUUCCUGCCAAAUACCUUCAGGAAGGGGCUGAGAUCUCCAGUCCUGCAGUGGAAAGAUUGAUCAGUUCGCUGUUGGGAACAUGUGAUUUGGAAGAGUUUCAGACCUGUCUGGUGCGGCACUGCAAGCAUGCGUUUGGCUGUGCGCUGGUGCACACCUCUGGCUGGAAAGUGGUCUAUUCCGGGGACACCAUGCCCUGCGAGGCUCUGGUCCAGAUGGGGAAAGAUGCCACCCUCUUGAUACAUGAAGCCACCCUGGAAGAUGGUUUGGAAGAGGAAGCAGUGGAAAAGACACACAGCACGACGUCCCAAGCCAUCAACGUGGGGAUGCGGAUGAACGCGGAGUUCAUCAUGCUGAACCACUUCAGCCAGCGCUACGCCAAGGUCCCCCUCUUCAGCCCCAACUUCAACGACAAAGUGGGAAUUGCCUUUGACCACAUGAAGGUCUGCUUUGGAGACUUUCCAACAAUGCCCAAGCUGAUUCCCCCACUGAAAGCCCUGUUUGCUGGCGAGAUCGAGGAGAUGGAGGAGCGCAGGGAGAGGCGGGAGCUGCGGCAGAGCAGGAUCUGCUGUGCUCCACCUUGGAGAAGGCUUCUCUGCUGUAGUGUGGCAGCUGCCUGGUACCCGAGUGGCUUGGAAGUCAGCUCCCAUCAUAGUGAGCACCUCUGGAACCUGUCCUCAGAGAGCCACCCUUAUUCGCCAAGAGAAUGUGAAAAGAGCUUUAAAAACUCAAAUGACAAGCGAGAGAUCAACCAGGGACCUGGCUUUACACAGGUGGUGACCUUCAGGCUCCAUCCAGGCGCGCAUUUGAGAUUGACAGCCAUGUCCCUGCAGGUUUAUUAAAGCAAGAACAGAUGCCAAGCUCAGGGAUAAUAAAUCUAUUUUAAUAACAUUACUUUUGACAACGAUUUGUACAUGUAUUUAAAGAUAACUUUCAACCCCCACCCGUACCCCAGACUCCCAUUACAAAUUGAGGCAUGAACUGCCCUUGCCAGGAAGUGAGCAAAGCUGUGACAUCAAAAGUCUGCACAUCCCACUCUCAGAGGAGGGUGACUUUACACUGUGUUGGGAAAAAUAACUAAGCAUUUAAAUUUUUCAUUGUACACCUGUACAUCGGUUUAGAUUGAAUGGCUCAAAUUAAACAAAUAUAGAGAGAUUUCAUAUAUACA